UGGCAAGAAGGAAAAAUUCAUGCAAGAUAAGGCACAAUUGCACAAGACAUGUCCUACAUAAAGGUGGCCAUUUCCACUACGAAGCACAAAACCAUACACAUCUAAGCCUCAAAAAGAUACAUCAUUCACCCUCGAGUCAGACAAUGGCUCUUGUUGAUGACGAGCUCAAGGCCAAGGCCGAGGUGUACUACGACGAUGAGAUUUGCAAGCAGUGCACCAGGCUCCUGCUCAAGGAAGCAGGCCUCCCCAACGGCCUGCUUCCCCUGAAGGACAUCGUGGAGUGCGGCUAUGUCGAGGAGACUGGGUAUGUGUGGCUCAAACAAAAGAAGAGGAUAGACCACGUCUUCCAGAGCCUGGGAAGGGUGGUGUCUUAUGGCACUGAGAUCACUGCCUUCGCAGAGAAGGGCAGGAUCAGGAAGGUCAAAGGGAUAAAGACCAGGGAGCUCAUGGUGUGGCUCCCUGUGGAGGAGAUCUCCCUCGACGAACCAGCGACCGGUAAGCUCAUCUGCAAGAGCAUUGCCGGCUUUUCUAAGAUCUUCCCUGCAUCAGCUUUCCACAUCCCAGAGAAGGAGAAUGAGAAGGCCAACUGCGCCGGACCAAAACCAGUGGUCCUCAUGGAGAGGGCAGCACGGGUUGUUAAGAACAACUGAUCGAUCCUACAAUCCUGCUCCUGUGUACGUACUAAAAAUAAUCGUCGAACUGGUGCUUUACUAUUUGCUUACUUAUGUACUUCAAAAAAAAGGUGAUAGCCCAAAGUUCUGCCUAUAUACAGCAGUGUAUGGCUGUCCUGGUAUUUAUAAACCUCCAAGCCAACCGCCCAAACUCCUUUUAUAUCUACCUCAUAUAUAGCUGUAUGUUACUCAUAUGUACUACUACCAUAUAAUGGAUGGAUUUUAUAUGA